GUGGGCUGCGGGGAUGCGGGGCACGAGCUGCGUGGGCGGCGGCGGCGAGAGCCCGGGUGGCGCAGGGCUGAGCGAGGGCCCGCGGGGCCGUUGGCUGCGCCUAGCCCCCGUCUGCGCCUACUUUCUUUGCGUCUCGUUGGCUGCCGUGCUGCUCGCUGUCUACUACGGUCUCAUUUGGGUUCCCACGCGGCCCCCUGCAGCUCCAGCCGGCCCGCCGCCCAGCGCGCAGUCCUCUCCGUGCGGCGCCCGCGCGGGUGCGCUGCCUGCCCCGGCGCCCGCCGCCGCCUCGGUCUCUUGCCUCCUGGGAGCCCCUGGCGGGCCGAGACCCCAGCUCGAGCUGCCGCACAGCCGCCGCCGCCGCCGCCACAGUGACCCCAGCCGCCGCCGCCCGAGCCGCCAGACGCUGGGGAAGACGCCGGAGGCCGCGGCGGGGCGAGGACCCGGGUAACCUUCCUUUUCACCCAAGAUGGACCGCCAGCUUUCGAGAGCCCGGCGCCCUCCGCGGAUGCGGCGGUCCCGAAUUGGUGUCUGGCUCCCUCUUCAUGACAUCGUCUAGCGUCUGCGGAGUCGUCAUCCUGAAGAAUGGGGGACGAAGGGGAGCCGGCUCUGGUCCUCGCUCCUUGCAGCUCCUCCGCCGUCAGGCCGGGUCCUUCACCAGGCAGACCCCAUACUGGUCACUGCCUCCUGCUCCUCCCGCCGUAGGGUUCUGUGCACGGAGCCCUCAGCCGGCCCCUCUCCUCCCUCCCUGAAUCUCCGUGUGCAUCUAUCCACCUGCAAUAAACUCCAGCCCCAGCUGC